AUGAAGCCCGAAACACACAUCUUUCUCUUCGGCGACCAAACCUAUGACUUCGCGCCGGAUCUUCGUCGCCUGCUGAGCUGCCAGACCAAGCCCAUCCUGGCAGCCUUCCUCGAGCAGUCGCACUAUGUGAUUCGCGCACAGAGCAAUCUGUGGCUCUCAGCGGCCGAACGACAAGCGUCCCGGAGCGCAAGUCUCGCACACCUGCUGCAAAAGUACUGUGAAGGCACCUUGAGCCCGGCCUUCCAAGUAUCCUUGCAUGCGUUGACUCAGUUGGGCUCCUUCAUCUGCCACUAUGAGGAGCCUGGCGCUGUAUAUCCUUCUCCCGGAUCAGCCUACCUGGUAGGCCUCUGCACCGGCGGGCUUGCCGCCGCCGCGAUCGCCUCCUCCAGUUCGCUGUCCGAACUGCUGCCAGCGGCAGUGCAUACGGUGCAGGUCGCCCUACGCCUCGGACUUCUCGCCGUGGAUGUGAGAGACCGCAUCGAGUGCCCAGAAGCCGGACAGCCCAGUCAGUGGUCGAUGCUCUUCUUUGGACUGGACGAGCAGGUAGCCCGCGCGGGCCUGGGAGAAUUCAUUCGCACCAAGGGUGUGCCACAUCUGUCCAAACCCUUUAUCAGCGCCCACGCUGGCAAAGCCCUCACGAUCAGUGGAAGUCCCUCUGUGUUGCAGGAGCUCCAAUCUGCCCCUGGCUUUGCGCAGUACCAGUCAAAGCCAAUCCCGAUUUUCCUCCCGGCGCACGGCCGACACCUGUUCUCCCAAAAAGACGUGGCAACCAUCCUCGAGACUACAGUCGCUGCGCAGUGGUCGGGCUUUAAUGCCAAGCUCCCAGUCAUCUCCGGUGCCAGCGGCGUGCCCGUGUGGGCUGGCGGAUUUGUCGCCCUUCUCGAGCGCGCCUUGGGCGAUUGUCUCUUGGAGCCCAUUCGAUGGGACAAGGUCGUGAGCAAUUUCCGCUCUCUCGUCGGUGGCAGUGGAGCAGAGGCAAUCACCAUUACACCGAUCGCCACCAACCUCGAGCACAAUCUGUCGGCACGCCUCAAGGAGAUGGCCAAUGUCCACGUCCAGCCUCUAGAUGGACUGCAGGAAGCUCGGCUCUAUUCGACUCCCCGGGCGAGAUCCAAGUUGGCGAUCGUGGGCAUGUCCGGUCGCUUCCCUGAGUCGCCCUCGCCGGAGGCAUUUUGGGACCUGCUCUACCAGGGGCUGGAUGUCUGCAAAGAGGUCCCGGCAAAGCGAUGGGAUUGGCGAACCCACGUCACCCACGAUGGCAAGGGCCACAAUCUGGGCGGCACCAAGUGGGGAUGCUGGCUGGACUUUGCAGACCAGUUCGACCCGCGGUUCUUUAGCAUUUCGCCCAAGGAGGCCCCUCAGAUGGAUCCUGCCCAGCGCAUGGCCCUGAUGACGACGUACGAGGCACUCCAGGGCGCGGGCUUCGUCUCCAACACCACGCCCGCAAGUCAACAGGAUCGGGUCGGCGUCUUCCAUGGAGUGACCAGCAAUGAUUAUCUAGAGUGCAAUAGCGGGCAGUUCAUCGAUACUUACUUCAUCACCGGUGGUAACCGCGCCUUCAUUCCAGGCCGCAUCAACUUCUGCUUCGAGUUCUGCGGGCCCAGCUACACGAAUGACACUGCCUGCUCAUCCAGUCUCGCAGCCAUUCAUUUGGCAUGUAACUCGCUUUGGCGAGGCGAUUGCGAUACUGCCAUCGCGGGAGGUACGAACAUGUGCAUCAAUCCCGACGGCCACACUGGCCUGGACAAAGGCUUUUUCCUGUCGCGCACCGGCAACUGUAAGCCGUUCGACGACGCUGCCGAUGGCUACUGCCGAGGCGAGGCCGUUGCAACUGUGGUGAUUAAGCGACUGGAGGAUGCCAUCGCGGAGAAAGAUCCCAUCCUGGGCGUCAUCCUGGAUGUGAAGACCAAUCAUUCGGCCAUGGCGGAUUCGAUGACCCGCCCGCACGUCCACGCCCAAGUGGACAACAUGAAUGCCGUUCUGUCCACCGUGAAUCUCCACUCCUCAGAGGUCGAUUAUGUCGAGAUGCACGGAACCGGCACUCAGGUGGGCGAUGCCGUGGAGAUGGCGUCGGUCCUGCGGGUAUUUGCCCCCGACGAAUCGACUCGGACGGCGGAGAACCCGCUGCAUGUGGGCACUGUUAAGGCCAAUAUUGGCCAUGGUGAAGGUGUAUCAGGCAUCUCCAGUCUCUGCAAGGUGCUCCUGAUGAUGAAGCAUGACACCAUCCCGCCGCAUUGUGGAAUCAAGACGGGCAGUCGCAUCAAUCGCAAUUAUCCCGAUCUGCCUGCGCGCCACGUCCACAUCCCGCUGGGACCCACUCCUUGGACGCGCGGGUCGGGCCGCCCGCGACGGGCUCUCAUCAACAACUUCAGUGCAGCCGGAGGCAACACCGCUCUACUUCUGGAGGAUGCACCAGUCCUGCCUGCCGCCGAGACCGAGGAGGAUCCUCGAAACAGCCACAUCGUGACUGUCUCCGGGCAUGUGGCAGCGGCCCUCAGGAAGAACCUGCAGCAGCUGGUGGCCUACAUCCGCAAGGAAGAACAGCAGAACCCGGACUUCUCGUUGGCCCAGCUUUCCUGGACAACCACUGCCCGUCGCCAGCAACAUGUCUUCCGUGUCAGUGCGAGCGGAUCCGACGUGAAUGAAAUCGCGAACAAGUUGCAGGCUGCUCUGGAUCGCGGAGAUGGCAGUACGCGACCCAAGUCUAAGCCCAAGGUGCUUUUCGCCUUCACCGGGCAGGGGGCUCAGUACCUAGGCAUGGGCCGCCAGCUGCUGGAGGCAUACCCAACCUUCCGAUCGGAUAUUGAGCACUUUGACUUCAUGGCUCAAGGGCUUGGUUUCCCCUCCUUUCUCCAAAUCCUCCAGCAGAAGGACGGGAGCAUCGACCAGUACCCGCCCGUCACCGUGCAGCUGGCCACCACGGCCAUCCAGAUGGCACUGACCAAGCUUCUGAUCUCCUUUGGUAUCCGACCCCAUGCGGUUACCGGUCACAGCCUGGGUCUGUAUGCCGCGCUCCAGGCAGCCGGUGUGCUGACUGUUGCUGAUACCCUCUUCCUGGUCGGUCAACGGGCGCAGUUCUUGCAGGAGUUCUGCCAGCAAGGUACCCAUGCCAUGCUAGCCAUCAAGGGGUCCCGGCACACCAUUUCCCACCUACUGGCUCAUCAGCAAUGUGAGGUUGCUUGUGUCAAUGGUCCUGAAGACCUAGUGGUCAGCGGAUCGAAUGCUCAAGUUCAGGCCGCCCAGGCUAUCCUGGCUCAGAACCGCAUCAACGCCACUUUAUUAAAGGUUCCAUUUGCCUUCCACUCGGCCCAGGUGGAUCCCAUCUUGGCUCCGUUCACUACCUCUGCCGCAGGAGCCAGAUUCCGUGCCCCAACGGUUCCCGUACUGUGUCCAUUGACCGGAUCCGUCGUCCAGGCUGACGGCGUGUUUUCUCCUGAGUACCUUGCUCGGCACUGUCGCGAAGCCGUGGACAUGGCAGGUGCUCUCUUGGCUGCCCAGUCUGCCCAAGUCAUUGAUGCUAAAACCUUUACUUUGGAGAUUGGCCCACACCCUGUCGUGUGCGGUAUGGUUCGAGCCACCCUUGGGAAGGAGAUGCGGACUCUCCCAAUCCUCCAGCGUGGUGCCACGGUCUGGCCAAACCUCACUGCUGCGCUCCAGGCUCUCUAUGAGAGCGGCGCUGACCUGGACUGGUGUGCAUAUCAUGCACCUUUUGAUGCUGCGCACACUGUCCUCGAGCUGCCUGCCUACGGGUGGGACUUGAAGAGCUAUUGGAUCGACUAUGAGAAUGACUGGUGCAUCUACAAACCGUAUGGUCGACCUAACGCCACUCAAUCAAAGGUGUCACCCAAGGCAUCUGUUCAGGCCGCGCCUCCUGUACCCCCAAAGGCGCCCAGGAAGUCUAUUCCCCAGCCUCAAACUUCUACGGUGCAUCGCAUGGUGGAAGAAUCUGUGGAUGCGGGUACCCUGCGCUUGGUGUUUGAAGGAGACCUGAGUCGGGACGAUAUCAAGCAUCUCGCACCCGGGCACAUUGUCAACGGAAUUCCGUUCACUGUCCCCUCUUGGUUUGCCGACAUGGCGCUUGUGCUUGGGAAGUAUGCCCACCAGCGCUUUGCCUCGGGGCGUUCUGUCGUCCUCGAUGUGGCCGAAGUGGUCGCUGAUAAGGUUUUGGUGCCGCAUGCCCGCGGACCCCAGCCUAUUCGAGUCUCUUUGACGGCGCCGUUUACCGAAAACAUGCCUGACAGUCUACGCGAUGGAAAAAUUGAGUUCUACAGCGUUGAUGCAAAUGGGAAGACUACCUCGCGACACGGAUAUGGUAUCUUGAGAUUCUCCGACAGCUCUCUCCUCAAGACUAUGCAAGCGGGUCUUCCUGCCUACAAGUCUCGCAUCCAACGACUGCGGGAUGAUGUGGCCCAAGGGGAACUGACGCGCUACAACAAGAAAAGCGGAUACCGACUGAUGUCACGAGUUGCUGACUUUGGUCCUGACUAUAAACUGCUCGAUGAUCUAGUCGUGGAUGAGGAUACUCUAGAAGCUACCUGUAUCGUCAACUUCUCCAAUAUUGCUCCUGGGGGAACUUUUGCUGCUCAUCCCGGCUGUAUCGAUGCCUUUACGCAAGUGGGAGGCUUCGCAAUUAACGCUCGGGGUUGUAUGGAUCUUGACGUGGAAGUUUUCAUCAGCCAUGGCUGGUUAAGCUUCCAGCUGUACGAAGAGCUCAAGGCAGAUACCAAGUACGAGCUUUAUGUGCAGAUGCACGCUGAUGGGCAUGAGUUCUAUCGCGGUGAUACGGUUGUUCUGGAUCAGGGCAGACUGGUGGCUUUCUUCAAGGGGGUGACUUAUCAGAAGGUCGUCACGCAGUCGCUUCACCAGAGGAGUAGUCCCACCAAGACCAACGAUGCUGCGCCCAGGGGAUUGACUCCAUCAUCGACGAAAGCAACCGCGAAGGUACAGCUACCAGCACCUUCACCUCGCGUGGCCAUCCAGCCACCGCCCUCAAUCAAGCGUGCUGUGAAGCCCGUCAUCCCCAUGCAACCCGAGCGACCAGCUCCCCCAGUACCCUCUGCGCAGCCUGUCGCGCCGCCAAAAUCUAGCCGGCCCACUCCGCCUAUCAUCGCCCAAGUCAUGGCCAUUGUGUCCGAGGAAAGUGGAAUUGCUGAGGCUGAAUUGACCGAUGACAGCAAUUUCGCCGACAUGGGCAUUGACUCGCUGUGCUCGAUGGUGAUUGGCAGUCGCCUGCGCGAGGACCUUGCCUUGGACCUGGAUGCUGAUUUCUCGAUCUUCGUCAGCUGCCCUACAGUGAAGCAAUUGAAGUCUUUCCUCGUCGAGCUGGAUGGGGCUUCUGGGUCCGGGUCCAGUUCUGAAUCCUCCGCCGUAAUGGUCGAGGAGCCUGUUGAGGAGGAGCCCUCGGAAGAGCUUGUCGAGAUUGAACUUGUUGAGAAGCCUGUUUCAGUGUCAGCUUCAAGAUCCUUCGAUAGUACUCGUCUCCCAUCGUCUUCCUCCACCAUCGCCCCUUACUCAGUGCAGGAUCUUACGAAAGCAGCUCCAUUGGGCUUUGACGGGUAUCAGCACGCAUCCUCUUCCACUCCGUCCUUCUCUUCGGGGCCAGACCUCAAGAUCCCUAUCGCAGUCGCGGAAGAGCAAAGUACCAGGUACGAGACAGUUCACUAUUCCGCCGGCCUUACUGACCGUGCAUGCUCAUCGAAGCCCAGAUCCGAAUCGAAGCCCAAGAAAGCCGCAAUGGCGACUUCGUUGGUCCAGGAUGCGCUCGCAAUUGUCUCAGAUGAGAGCGGACUAAGCCUCGAGGACUUGACUGAUGACAGCAAUUUUGCCGACAUUGGUGUUGAUUCACUCUGCUCGAUGGUCAUUCAGAGUCGGCUGCGAGAGGAGCUUCAUGUGGACCUAGAUGCGGACUUCUCCAUCUUCCUUAACUGCCCUACUGUCGGAGACCUCAAGAUCUUCUUGGUCAACACGGACGAUGGUGAGGCAGGACAAGAAGAUGCCAGUUCAAGCGUCUCUUCCUCAUCAGAUGCAUCCCCCAUCACAACCCCUGAUGAUAGUGGCAGCGAUGGUGACGGUGACUUCGACACCGAUCCCUCCCUCCGGCUUGCAAAUCUCUCUUCUGAGUGCCGCCCUGCGACCUCUGUCAUCCUCCAGGGCAUUCCCAAACUCGCACGCAAAACACUUUUCCUCCUUCCAGACGGCUCGGGCUCCCGCAACCUCCUACGUGCAAAUUCCUCGCCUUUCCUCGGACGUCGCCAUUGUCGGCCUGAACUGCCCCUACGUCCGUAA